AUGAAUCUAACAGAACAGAUUAAGGUUCAGGCACAAAAACUUGGAUUUGAAUUGGUUGGUAUCCUCCCCGUUGAACCGAGCCAGAUGAUUGGUCGUUACGAACAGUGGUUGAAAGACGGUUACGCGGGAGAGAUGGAUUAUCUAGAAAAGCAUCUACCACUAAAGCGAGAUCCGCGCCAGAUCCUCCCCGAAGCCCAAUCAAUCAUCGCGUUGGCGAUUAAUUACUACACACUUGACCCGCCUAAAUCACUUGCGGAAGACCCAUCGCGCGGACAGAUUUCUCGAUAUGCGUGGGGAACGGAUUAUCACCAUCUUAUCCGAUCGAAACUAGAUCAGUUAGCGACAUUUAUCCAAAAAACUGCCGAAGAAAAGGUUAAAACCAGAGUUUAUGUAGAUACCGCUCCGGUCCUUGAGCGGGAGUACGCUGAACGUGCGGGAAUUGGGUGGAUUGCUAAAAACACAAAUGUAAUCCACUGGCGGGCAGGUUCUUGGUUUUUUCUCGGAGGCAUCCUAGUCAGCAUCAAGUUGGACACGGACGUACUAUCGCUCCGUGGAAGUUGCGGCACUUGCACCCGCUGCAUUGAGGCGUGCCCCACAGAUGCGAUCCUAGCACCCAACAUUCUUGAUUCCCGGCUGUGCAUCUCCUACCUUACUAUUGAGUUGAAAGGGAGCAUCCCACAUAAACUCCGCCCGCAGAUGGAUAACCUAAUUUUCGGUUGCGACAUCUGUCAGGAAGUCUGCCCCUGGAACAGCAAGGCCGUACCGACAAAGGAACGCGGCUUUUAUCCGCGCAAGGGGAAUCUCGCCCCCACGCUGCUAUCACUCAUCAACAUGACACAGGAACAGUUUAGUAGACGCUUUAGGAACAGCCCAAUCAAGCGAGCGAAACGACGCGGCUUUCUCCGAAAUGUUGCGGUCGCGCUUGGGAAUUGGAAGGAUCGCGCUGCGGUGCCUGCCCUUAAACAGGCGUUGAACGAUGACGAACCUCUAGUUCGUGGUCAUACUGCAUGGGCAUUAGGGCAGAUUGGCGGUAAAGCGGCAAGAAAAGCACUACAAACGCGUUUGGACACGGAAGUUGAUACAGAAGUUAUUACAGAGAUUAAAGACGCACUGGACCAGAGUUCUUCCAAGGAUUGA